AGUUGAAGAGUGCUUGCGUUUACAGGGAUCCAAAUGAGGAGGGGCGAAUUGAGUAGGCGGCGCGGCCUAGUUGUAGUACAGCUCGAGGCCCAUGCCGUCGUGGAUCUCGUAGUCCUCGAGCGUGAUGUGGUCCUUGAAGAUGGUGUACCACUUCUGGAUGCGGAUCUUCUCGGGCCGGGUGCCGCUCUGCGCCGCGACGAGCUUUUUCAGGUCGCCGAUCGUGUCGUCCUCGUUGCACUUCACCCUAAUCUUCUUGCCGAGGCGGUCGUUGCAGAUGACCUCGAUCAUUUCUCUUGCAGCGGCGACGGCGCGCGGCGACGAUUGAUGAGUGUGGUGGUGUUUGAGGCCGCUGUUGGCUCUGCGGCGGUGGCGCUUCGCAGGGAUGCUCGAACUGGCUGCGAGAUGCGUUUAAGACGCUCCGCUCUGUUGCCGUGUCGGUCUAGCGAUAGCUGUAGUUGUUUGUAAAAAAUGGAUGGGCU